AUGUCACCACAACAUAACCGCAGCAUCAGAAUAUUUGUCUCCCCAGACUUGGCACAUACAAAUCAGCGAAGCGAUCCGACGAAUGAGCCCAACGGAACGGUUCAAACCCCUCAUGAUCGUAAGAUGAUAAAAUCCAAACUCGCAUGCCAUUAUGCUCCUCUUCCGAGCAAAACCACGAGUUUCUAUGCAGCCAAGGAUUCCAAGAUCUAG